CGCCAAUAGAAGAGAGCGUCUCUUUCUGCUCUUCUCCCUGUUCCCCAUUGUUUCCAUGUCGGCACCUCGCAGAGAGGCUGUAAUGGCUGCCGGGCCUUGCAGCCUUCCUCCGGCGCUGCUACUCUUGCUGGCGUCCCUGCUCCUUCCUAGCUGUUGGGCUAUGGAGAUGGCCGGGAACGGGGAGGCUCUGGGAUCCGGGGAGCGGUUUAAGAUUGAGGGCCGCGCAGUGGUGCCAGGAGUGAAGCCCCAAGACUGGAUUGCGGGGGCUCGAGUACUUGUGGACGGGGAGGAGCAUGUCGGUUUCCUCAAGACAGAUGGCAGCUUUGUGGUUCAUGAUAUCCCUUCUGGAUCCUAUGUAGUUGAAGUUAUAUCUCCAGCAUAUAAAUUUGAACCAGUACGAGUGGACAUCACAUCAAAAGGCAAAAUGAGAGCAAGAUAUGUGAAUUACAUCAAAACAUCAGAAGUCGUCAGGCUGCCAUACCCACUUCAGAUGAAAUCUUCUGGACCCCCUUCUUACUUUAUAAAGAGAGAGUCUUGGGGAUGGACUGAUUUCUUAAUGAAUCCCAUGGUUAUGAUGAUGAUCCUUCCAUUGCUGAUCUUUGUAUUGCUGCCUAAAGUUGUCAACACAAGUGAUCCUGAUAUGCGGCGGGAAAUGGAGCAAUCAAUGAAUAUGCUGAAUUCUAACCAUGAGCUGCCUGAUGUAUCAGAGUUCAUGACAAGACUUUUCUCUUCAAAAUCUUCUAGCAAGUCUAGUGGUAGUAGCAGUAAAGCAGGGAAAAGUGGGGCAGGAAAAAGGAGGUAGUUGUUUCCUUCCCUCUACCCAGAACCACAAUUUGCACAGCUCUGUUAUGUGGUACCAUCUGUACAUUCUGUGGAAGAACAAAAAGCCACUACUGUAACCUUAAUCCAAUGUCAAAUUGGACAUAAAACAACUAUUGUGUGUGGUGUAGCUUUUUAACCUAUUUAUGUAUCUUGUUCUUUAAAUAUGCGAGGGUGUAGCUACAGUUCUGUAUCACUGUAUGGUCAGUGCUGAUAAUGAAUGAACUCCUUUAUAGAGAAUGACAUUAAAAAGUUUAAAUUAUGAUGUGCAAUAUAUUAAUGGUUCUUAACAAAGCAUCACUGUAAAAUAUUUGGCAUCAAGACAUAGACUAUAUUCUUUGUUUUUAAAUAAGCUUAACGGUAUAUGGAUUUUCUUUUAUAUAGUGUCUAAAUAUACAACGUUUUCUUUUAAAUGUACAUGACUUGGGUUUAGUAAGAAAGAAACUCUGUCUGUCAGUUUGGGGUGUAUUGCAGACGGCAGUAUGUGUGUAGGCUGUUAUGCCUGUACUGGGGCAAUUUAUAUAGAGCAGAGGGGGAGUUUUCUUUCUGUUAAGGCUUCUUUAGCGAAGGCAUAUCUCCUUGGUGGUUCCUUCCAAGUGCCUCCAUUCAACCCAAACACAAUUUGCGUUAAAAACCCCCACUUGUUUCAUAUAUACAGAUCUAUGCUGAUAACUCCUUUACUGCAAGACAUUUUUAGCUGUUUUCACCUAUUAACAGGCUGGAGCUCUUACUAGUGCAAGACUAGUCAGUAUCCUGUGUGUUCUCAACAGAAACUUGGGUUCAUAGUGAUUUUAUCAAUAAGAACGCUCUCAAAUUCUGAAGGCACCCUGCAGUUCCAUCAUUCACAGAUCAGGCCUUUAGCAAGCAUGCACCAAUUAAUAGACAGCAGAAUCACAAAUGGAGACCAGAUUUGUUUAGCUGCCAACUAAAAUAACAGGAUAGGAGAGCCAGGCCUGUAUCAGUUGAACUGGGAAGGAAUAUUAAGGCUGCUACAGUGGGGCAAUCUUUCCAAAAUUUGUACACUUUCUUGAAGUUUUAGGCGUUCUAUAUUUUGUCUAUUUGCUUUCAUUGUGGGAGGAAGAUACAUGGGACUUUGUUGGUGUAAUGCUGUCGCCCUAGCUGAAUGGUUGCGGUUGUUUCUUUUGAAGGAUAGGGUACCUUAAAACUAAUCUUGAUUAGUGUCUUUGACAUUUGUAUUGCACUUGGAAAGGCCACUCAGAAGAUCUUGAUGAAUGGAGAUGAUGCGGCAGGUCAAGACUGUGUAACAAAAGCUGUUGAAUUCUGCUUGGAAGUCAAUGCAAACUUUUGAGCAUUGUGCUAAUGUGCUUCCAAAAGCUGCCCUGUUAGUGGUGGUUUAAUUCUACUCUUUAUUUCCAGGUAUGGAAAAAUGCCUGUGAUAUAAUUUCAGUUUUACCUGAAAUAAAUUUCUCUCUGCUUGCUUACACCUCAUUGCCAGAGGUUGCCAUAUGCUGUAUGAAGCUGAUGGAUCAGGAUGUAAUAAAGGCACAGCCAGCAUCCCUAGAACACUUGUGCCAUUUCAUUCCAAAGUGAAGGUAUAAGGCCAGUUUAACCGAGAUGACAAUCAUACAUCCCCUGGAGCAAAUGUUUCUGACAAAUCUCUGGUACAAACUGUCCUGUAGUUCUCUUACAAGUCCCAGACGUAAGUAACUAAAACUGCUUUAUACCUUUUCUGUAUGCAAACCUAGAUCAGUGCCAGGAUCACAUGUAGAUCUUCACGGUAUGCUAAGGCUGUGGAAGUCUGUGGCAACAGAGAUGUCAUUGACAUGGAUGAUGGCUUGAUCCUAGGUGUGAGCCUUUCUGACGAAAAUUCCAGGCGAGUCCCAUGGCCUGAUUCCCAAAGGGUCUAAAUCUUCUAUUCAAGGCCUACAGCAGUUGGAUCUAAACUAUAUUAUUAUUAAAGAAUUAACAACGAAAUGCAAAUUAUGAGAUUAUGGAUGGAUGACAUUAAAUCUCUGGUUUUAUGUUGCUCAGAAUGCUUUUAAAGGAGUCUGUAAGGACCACACAAUUAGUGUGUGUGUGUGUCUACAACAAGAAAGGGUGGGAUUAAUCAAUUAAUCCCAUUAACCCCAAUUAAUUGAACAAUUGCUGGUGAGUUCUUAUAAGAAACUAAAAUGGGGGGGAAAGCUUAAUAGCGUGGAUAAAUUUGAGCCUUUAGUUUCAGAAAACAGAGUUCUGAUUUACAUAUAUCAAUGAUAUUUUUACUAUGGAGGUCAGUUGAGAAACACAGAAUAAUAUGCCCUUAAGCAUAAUCAUUGAGAAAAUUAGACAAAAAGCACAGCAUGGAACUGCCCCUGGUAUUGCUACUUUGCUGUCACCUAGUGUGCCUGCUUUGCUUCAACAGAACCUGUGGGGAGCAGUUACAGAAGGGAUACGUGUGUAUUCUGCAGUCUCAUACAGCACCAAGUGAAAUGGUGAACUGGAUUUGAGCUUUAAUAGCUUGGCUGCAUGAAUUACACAGUAUCAGGCAUGCAAAUUAUGCAUAUAAAGUACUUUAAUUCUUGCAACCAAACAAAAAUUCUGAUUUUUACACAAAUUCUUGGAACUGACACACAGGCUGACUGGGCUUUUUUUUAAAUGGUUAGCUGAGAUUUGUACUGUGAUGGAUAAAAUAGAACAUAUUAUCAUAGAUCUCAAAAAUGCCCUGAAGGGAUAGCAGAAGGUACCCCCCCCCCAAAAAAAAAACCAGUAGGAACCUGCCCCAUGUACUUCUGGCCAGAGCACUCAGUUACGUGCUAUAUAGUGAAUUGUGCCUUAUACAGGGAAAGAUAGCACAAUAGUUGUAGUCCCAGAGCCAAGAAAAUGGCAGUAGUAUAUCAUCCAAUGAUUACUCUGAAUUACACUUUGAAAAUCAUCACUGCACUGUCUCAGUAAUCCAUUUAACAAUUUUCUCACAGUGGUUCAUCCUGUGUCAUUGUACUAAGGCCACAGUCUCCUACACUUGGGAGUAAGCCCUACUGAACCUAGUAAGUAAAGGCAAAGGUUUCCCUUGCUCGAAAGCAA